AUGGCCAACACAGGCUAUACCUCGCCGUUCCACACCUCACAUGACACCAUCGGGCAGUCGACGUUGGUGACGCCUCUCUUCAUGCCAUCCUCUCCUCCCCAACAUCCUUCCAGCCCAUUGGGCUCUCCGGCAACCGCGCAAACCCCUGCAACUGCCCAGACUCCUGCAACCGAGCGCGUCGCAGCGCAAAGUAGCAACCAAGGUCGCAACGAGGGUGCUGACGAUGAAUACCAUUCCGACAAUGAAAUCCAACACAUAUCUCGACCCCACUCUCCUAGAAGCCCAACAGGUUCAGAUCUCGAUGCGCGUCUUGCCGAUUAUACCUUGGAUUUUAGCAACUUCCCAAGCGGCCAUUUUGCCUUGGAUGGGCCUGACGAUACUCUGCCUCCCUUCCACCAAGAUGUAGAUAAGUUAUCCGAUGUUGGGGGUCCGGAAGACUUUACUGCGAAUAUGGAGAAAUACUUGAUGGGGGAUCCGGAAAAUGGAGGGAACCAUGAAGAUGAGGAUGAAGCGGAAGUAGACUACGGAUCGGUACGACGAUCUUUCCGGAAAUCAAAGCAACCGGCCAUCGAAGAAGAAGCCGAUUCCGGCGAAUACAGUGAAUUCGGACCACCAGUGGAUAUGUCGACCCCUUCACACCUGUUACACCGGACUAGCGCUCUUCCCAAAGAUUCGACUCACCUGGAAGGUAUUGAAGAAAACCCUGAUGAUGACGAGGCUCAAGAUUCUGCAUCCCCUUCCGUCCGAAAAUUGUCGGACGCCUCCAGUCAUGCACCAGAGGAGCAGAAUGAGGAUCUUCACCAGCAGAUUGCACAACUGCAACAAGCCUUGAAGGAACGCGAUGACCAAUUGCAGAAAAAUCACAAUCGUGUGCUUGAGGCUGUUUCUGCUGGUGAACAGAUCCGCCAUCUCCAGACAGAAUUGCAGCGCAAGAAUGCUCUCCUGGAUGAGGUGAACGCCAAAGGUAGCGACGAGGCAAUGCUGCGCGAGCAAGUCCAGUCGCUUCAAAAGAAAAAUGAAGAGCACGAGCAGCUAUUACGUCAGUCGAGCAUGAAUACAACGGAUCUCGGCCCUCUCUUGAACCAGAUUCGUGAGAUGCAACAGCAGCUCCAAGACAGAGAUACACAGAACUCUUUAGACAAGGAGCGGUUGGAGACAAUUGCUCACCUGCGCCAGCAACUCAAUAUUUCCCAAGAGCAGGUGCGAAAGCGCGAUGAAACUCUGGACGAGACAUUCACCAAGCUUAAGGAAGUCACACGGGCCAGGGAUACACAAAUACAGGAGAAAAACUCGUUGAUUGAUCAACUCCAAGCACAGAUCGACGAUUACGGGCUGGAAAAUGAGAAGCUCGAGUCGGAAUUAGAGCGUGCGCACAAUGAUUAUCAGGUCCUCGAGGAACGCUUUAUCGACCUGGAAAUUAGAAACCGUCCUCUGGAGGAGAAGAACACUACACUGGAAGCCAAUCUCACCCGUGUUCAAUCCCACAUGGAAGCCCAGGAGAGUGCUCUCAAGGCUGCAGCAGCUGAUCUUCCUAUCAGUGGCCAUAGCACCUACAGCGAGAUUCUCGACCUGAUUAAAGAUUUGGGCCCAGGGAAUCCAGCAUCCCCACUCAGCUCACCAUCGAAGGAGAAGUUCGUGGACACCCAAGGUGUGCAGCAACCGCAACAGCCAGACACGCCAAGCAUCGUAGGCCUUCAGCAAGAAAUCCAGGAGUUAUCCGCCGCACAGAAAGCGGCAGAUACCGAAGCAGCACGUCUGCGUGAUCAGACAACUGAAGCCCAGACCCUGAUCAAAACCAUUGAAUCGGAGAACUCGCGACUCUCCACUCGAGUGGGCGAGCUCACAACAGCCUUAAACAAGUGCCAGCACGAUCUAAUCCAAUCGCAAGAACGGAACGCCGAGUCCCUCGAGACCAUCGCCCGCUUGCAAGAAGACAAGAUCGCUGAACCUCCAAGCCCACCACCCUCGCCCCCAACAGCGCGUGGAGCUCUCAACCCAGAGCCAAGAGGACCAGACACAGCAGCCCUGGAGGCGAACCAUCAAAGCCAACUCCGCAGCCUGCAAACCGCACACUCAACGGCAGUCUCAACGCUGCGCGCCUCACACGCCGAAUCAAUGCGCAAAAUUCGCAACCUCCUUUCCGCCGCCGAGCAACGUGAAACCGAUCUACGCUCGGAACUGGCCAACCUCCGCGCUUCAUCCACUACCUCCGAAACCCACCUACGCAAGAGCUUCAAAUCAGAACUCAGACGUCUGGAAGACAUCAUCGCCGCAAAGGACGAAACCGCCGCCGCGGUCGACCAGCGCAUUGCUUUGUCGGUGGACAAGCGUGAGCGCGAGUGGGAGCGACGCAUCGACCUACUCCUCAAGGAACGAGACCGUAUGGCCAAGGCUUUGAUGAUGAGCUGGGGCGAGAAAGAGCUGGGUCGGGGAUCGGGUUCUUUGACUGAGAGUCAUGGCAAGGAGAACCGUCGUCGUGAUCGAGACCGUGAUGUCGAUGCCAAGAGUGGGCAGGCUUAUCGCUACAAGUAUGCUCAGAAGCAGAAGCCUAAGACUACGGAGGCUCGGGCUUAA